AGUUUAUUUUUGCUAUCUUCUUGAGAAUCAUGCAAAACCAGAGUUUUGUCACUGAGUUCAUAAUCUUGGGCCUUUCUCAGAACCCAAAAGUUGAGAAAAUACUGUUUGUUAUUUUUUUGUUGGUUUACCUUGCAACUGUAGGGGGCAACAUGAUGAUUGUGGUGACUAUCCUCUACAGCCCUGCACUGCUGGGAUCCCCCAUGUACUUCUUCUUGGCAUUCCUGUCCUUCCUGGAUGCAUGUGUUUCUUCUACUGUCACACCCAAGAUGCUUAUAGACUUCUUAAGUGAGAAGAAGACCAUCUCUUUUGAAUGUUGCAUGACACAAUUGUUUUCAGUUCAUUUCUUCUCGGGAGCAGAAAUGGUUGUCCUAGCAGCCAUGGCCUAUGACCGCUACGUGGCCAUUUGCAAGCCCUUGCAUUACUCUUCCAUCCUUACCCGGAGGCUCUGUAGUAUUUUGAUGGCAAUAUGCUGGGCAGGAGGCUUCUUGCAUUCUAUUGUACAAAUUAUCUUCAUAUUGCAGCUGCCUUUAUGUGGACCCAAUGUCAUUGAUCAUUACAUGUGUGACUUGUUUCCGUUGCUAAAGCUUGCCUGCACUGACACUCAUAUAUUUGUCCUUUUGGUGUUUGCCAGCAGUGGCGCUAUCUGCAUCAUCAUCUUCUCCUUAUUGCUUGUCUCCUAUGUUGUCAUCUUGUUCUCUCUGAGAGCCCACAGCUCUGAAGGUCGCCGUAAAGCUCUUUCCACUUGUGGAGCCCACGUUACUGUUGUGGUUUUGUUCCUUGUUCCAUGCAUAUUAAUAUAUGCACGGGAUACGUCUGCAUUCUCCUUUGAGAAGAACACACUUAUAUUUGUUAACGUCCUGACACCAUUGCUCAAUCCUAUGGUUUACACAUUCAGGAAUAAGGAAAUGAUAAAUGCCAUGAGAAAAAUGUGGAAGAGAUUGAAAGUGAUUUUUGUUAGGUUUUAAUAUUGCUUUUACACUGGUGGGGAGAUGAAUCAAUGGGUAAGAACACUUGCUCUGUCCACAUGAGGACAAGAUUUUUAUUUUCCAGAACUCAUGUGAGAGUCUACCAUGGAAGCACACCUUAUUCUAGUACUCGUAAAUGGUAGAUAUAUCAAUCCCAGGGUUUAGCUUCACAGCGUAUAUAUUUGAGAAAUACUGAAGCUCAAGCUUCAGUGGAGAUUUGCCUUAAGAAAAUGAGGCAGAAUGCAAUAAAUACUCAUAGUUAGCCCCUUAUUCUGGCUCUGCAUAAAUGUUCACAGAUACAAAAACCAU